AUGCUGCGCCUGGGGCUGUGUGCAGCAGCGCUGCUGUGCGUGUGCCGGCCAGGUGGCGUGCGUGCUGAUUGCUGGCUCAUUGAGGGAGACAAGGGCUACGUGUGGCUGGCCAUCUGCAGCCAGAACCAGCCACCCUACGAGACCAUCCCGCAGCACAUCAACAGCACCGUGCAUGACCUGCGGCUCAACGAGAACAAACUCAAGGCGGUGCUCUACUCCUCGCUCAACCGCUUCGGGAACCUCACCGACCUCAACCUCACCAAAAAUGAGAUCUCCUACAUCGAGGAUGGCGCCUUCCUGGGCCAGUCAAGCCUGCAGGUGCUGCAGCUGGGUUACAACAAGCUCAGCAACCUGACCGAGGGCAUGCUGCGCGGCAUGAGUCGCCUGCAGUUCCUCUUUGUGCAGCACAACCUCAUCGAGGUGGUGACGCCAGCCGCCUUCUCUGAGUGCCCAAGCCUCAUCAGCAUCGACCUGUCCUCCAACCGCCUCAGCCGCCUCGAUGGUGCCACCUUCGCCAGCCUGGCGAGCCUCAUGGUGUGUGAGCUGGCCGGCAACCCCUUCAACUGCGAGUGCGACCUCUUCGGCUUCCUGGCCUGGCUGGUGAUCUUCAACAACGUCACCAAGAAUUACGACCGCCUGCAGUGCGAGUCGCCGCGUGAGUUUGCUGGCUACCCACUGCUCGUGCCCCGGCCCUACCACAGCCUCAACGCCAUCACCGUCCUGCAGGCCAAGUGUCGCAAUGGCUCUCUGCCCUCGCGGCCUGUAAGCCACCCCACACCCUACUCCACUGAUGCCCAACGUGGUGGGGAGCCCGAUGAGAACUCUGGCUUCAAUCCCGAAGACAUCCUGUCUGUCGAGCCGCCCGCCUCGUCCACCACGGAUGCAUCGGCGGGGCCAGCCAUCAAGCUGCAUGCGGUGACUUUCACGUCGGCCACCCUGGUGGUCACCAUCCCGCACCCUUACAGCAAGAUGUACAUCCUGGUGCAGUACAACAACAGUUACUUCUCCGAUGUCAUGACACUCAAGAACAAGAAGGAGAUUGUGACGCUGGACAAGCUGCGUGCACACACUGAGUAUACCUUUUGCGUCACCUCCCUGCGCAACAGCCGCCGCUUCAACCACACCUGUCUGACCUUCACGACGCGGGACCCUGUGCCCGGCGACCUGACACCCAGCACCUCCACCACCACACACUACAUUAUGACCAUCUUGGGCUGCCUCUUUGGCAUGGUCAUCGUGCUGGGGGCUGUCUACUACUGCCUACGCAAGCGGCGCCUGCAGGAGGAGAAGCACAAGUCGGUUAACGUGAAAAAGACCAUCCUGGAGAUGCGCUAUGGCACCGAUGUGGACGCUGGCUCCAUCGUGCACGCGGCGCAGAAGCUGGGUGAGCCCCCUGUGCUGCCCGUGGCCCGCAUGUCCUCCAUCCCUUCCAUGAUUGGCGAAAAACUGCCUGCCCCCAAGGGGCUGGAACCAGGGCUGGACACACCCAAGGUGGCCACCAAAGGCAACUACAUUGAGGUGCGCACAGGUGCCGGCGGGGACAGCUUGGCCAGGCCCGAAGAUGAUCUCCCCGACCUGGAGAACGGCCAGGGUUCAGCUGCCGAGAUCUCUACCAUCGCCAAGGAGGUAGACAAAGUCAACCAGAUCAUCAAUAACUGCAUUGACGCCCUCAAGCUGGACUCGGCCUCUUUCCUGGGGGGCGGCGGUGGCAGUGGUGGCGGUGGAGACCCUGAGCUGGCCUUUGACUGCCAGUCUCUUCCAGCGGUAGCUGCAGCAGCUGCUGCCUCCUCAGCUGCCGCUACCCCUGGGGCCUUGGAACGACCCAGCUUCUUGUCACCACCCUACAAGGAGAGCUCCCACCAUCCGCUGCAGCGCCAGCUAAGCGCCGAUGCUGCCGUGACCCGUAAGACCUGCAGCGUGUCGUCCAGCGGCUCCAUCAAGAGUGCCAAGGUCUUCAGCCUGGACGUGCCCGACCACCCGGCUGCCGCGGGACUGGCCAAGGGUGACUCCAAAUACAUCGAGAAGGGCAGCCCACUCAACAGCCCUCUGGACCGGCUCCCGCUGGUGCCUGCGGGCAGUGGUGGGGGUGGCAGCGGUGGAGGUGGUGGCGGGGUCGGGGGCAUCCACCAUCUGGCCGUGAAGCCGGCCUUCCACUGCAGCGAGCACCGGCACAGCUUUCCAGCCCUGUACUACGAGGAAGGCGCCGACAGCCUGAGCCAACGCGUGUCCUUCCUCAAGCCGCUGACCCGCUCCAAGCGUGACUCCGCCUACUCACAGCUGUCCCCCAGACAUUACUACUCGGGGUACUCCUCCAGCCCCGAGUACUCGUCCGAGAGCACGCACAAGAUCUGGGAGCGCUUCCGGCCCUACAAGAAACACCACCGUGAGGAGGUGUACAUGGCCGCUGGCCAUGCCCUGCGCAAGAAGGUCCAGUUCGCCAAGGAUGAGGACCUGCACGACAUCCUUGAUUACUGGAAGGGGGUCUCGGCCCAGCAGAAGCUGUGA